AUGACCGAGACGGGCGAGGGCGAGGAUGUGGCGGCUUUGUAUGCGCAGCGAUUGGCACAGGCCCAGGACUGCGUUGCGCGGGCUGCUGUGCUCAGCGAACAAGGGGUGGCCAACACGACCAAGAUGCACCGUUCCCUGCAGGCCGAACUUGCCUUCCUGACGGCCCUCUCGCAAGACGAGCUGGAUGGCAAGAAACUCAAGUCCAGCAACCUAGACCAUUGGCAGGCCAUGCUGGACAUUAUGGAGCACCAGCCUGACGUGGUGGCCUGCGAUAAAAAGUAUACGGCGCGGAUCUUACACGCCAAUGGCCAGACUGUCAAGCGCACCCACGUGGUGGACGUUGUCACUCAUGGCGGUGUUCGCUGGUACAAGGUGUCUGCACGGAAUGCAGCUGCGCUGCACAACAUCUUCCACGGUUUCUGCGCCUAUGGCCAGCGCUCCCUGCAUGUGCAGCUUCAGGAGCUGGUGGCAUUGGCGUCUGCGUGCCCCGUCGGCGACCGCAUACCCGAGUACGCAAAAGACACCCCCACCUCAUCACUUGACACUUUCCGCUCGAUCGGUGAACUUUUGCUCAGCCCAAAACCUGUUGCUUCUAGCGUGGUGCUACGCUGUACCCAAGGCAUAACGGACGAUUUGCGUCGCGCGUGCGAAGCCACUGGUGCUGCCGUGGAGGCAAUGUCCGUGCCUGCACCGCUGUUGCCGACGGAAGAGGAAUCGGAUGGCGCAGAGGAUGAUGCUUCAGAUUUUACGAAGCUAGAGGUGCCGGUUGCAAAGCUUGCUGUGGGUGAGGUAAGCUCCAUUUACAUUGUCAAUGUUUGCGAGCCAACUUUGCGCAAGCAGCCGUACGCGCGCGCGCACGUGUGUGUGUGUGUGUGUGUGUGUGUGUGUGUGUAUGUGUAUGUCAAGGUCGAGGCCAUGCAUCCAGAUGGCCGGGUGGCCACCGUGGCCCCGGAUGCUUUAAAUCUAGAUGUCAGUGCCAUGAUUGCGCUCGUCUCAGACGUGUCCCAUGGGCACACAGAACCAGAAUUAUUCAUCGAUCCAUUGCUAUCAAGCAUGGCACAAGACGAGCAGGACGAUCCAGUUCUGGAAAAGCUGACACCACAGCUUGCGGAUCGGCAGCUGCUGGCAUGUCGCACCGCACGCGAGGCCUUUGCCAGCAUCCUUGAGCACAUUGGUGGCCCACGCGAGGGCCAACGGGCCAAGGAACUUCUCGAGCGCGUCACCCAAAUCGAGGAUGUACGCUCGCCCCUGAUGGAGGCACUGCCGCAAACGUUGGAUUUCUUCGUUCGGCUGAACAACAAGCUGGAGGCCAUUCUCAUGGCUCAUGGUGAUCUGUCUUUGAUUUUGGCGAGUCAUGGCUCAGGUGUGCGAUGUGCAGCCAUCACGCACGGGGGUCGAGCCCUGACUGAGACGCAUAAAGCACGCUGGCUGAAAAGUGGCAAGAGAAUGGCACCCCCAGCGGCUGUCUCCGGCGAGCCUUGA